AUGGCCGAAGCAGAGACGACCGAGGCGAGCUCCGGUGUGGGGAUCCUGCAGGAGAUCUUCACGUCCCCGCUGAACCUCACCCUCCUCAGCCUGUGCCUGUUCCUGGUUUAUAAGCUCUUCCGCGGGGACCGACAGCCGGAGCUGGGGGAGCGGGUGGAGGCUCUGCCCAGGCUCCCGAAGAGGGACUUCACCCUGCAGGAGCUGAAGCCUUUCGACGGGCUGCAGAACGAACGCAUUCUCAUGUCCGUGAACGGGAAAGUGUUCGAUGUGACCAGAGGCAAGAAGUUCUACGGACCAGACGGCCCGUACGGAGUGUUCGCCGGCAGAGAUGCUUCCCGCGGUUUGGCCACGUUCUGUUUGGAGAAGGAGGCGCUGAAGGAGGAGCACGACGACCUCUCAGACCUCAACCACAUGCAGCUGGAGAGUCUGACGGAGUGGGAGCAGCAGUUCACCUGUGAGUCUCCCGUCCCGAGUCUCCCGUCCCGAGUCUCCCGUCCCGAGUCUCCCGUCCCCGAGUCUCCCGUCCCCGAGUCUCCCGUCCCCGAGUCUCCCGUCCCCGAGUCUCCCGUCCCCGAGUCUCCCGUCCCCGAGUCUCCCGUCCCCGAGUCUCCCGUCCCCGAGUCUCCCGUCCCCGAGUCUCCCGUCCCCGAGUCUCCCGUCCCCGAGUCUCCCGUCCCGAGUCUCCCGUCCCGAGUCUCCCGUCCCGAGUCUCCCGUCCCGAGUCUCCCGUCCCGAGUCUCCCGUCCCGAGUCUCCCGUCCCGAGUCUCCCGUCCCCGAGUCUCCCGUCCCGAGUCUCCCGUCCCCGAGUCUCCCGUCCCCGAGUCUCCCGUCCCCGAGUCUCCCGUCCCCGAGUCUCCCGUCCCCGAGUCUCCCGUCCCCGAGUCUCCCGUCCCCGAGUCUCCCUUAAGUACGACUACGUAGGGAAACUGCUAAAGCCCGGAGAGGAACCUGCAGAGUACACAGACGACGAAGACGCCAAGGACACGACGGAGAAGAAGAGCGACUGA